AUGGUUGGCAACAACAGCGAGCACUCCAGCGAGGGUGCUGGAGUUCAGGAGGCCGCUCAGCGUCUUGCGGGCACUCCCUCCCCCACCCCCCCAAUCAAACAAUCCGUGGAGGUCGAAGACCCCUUUGCAGCCAAACCCGAUCAUGAUUCGCCGGCACAGACCGAGGUAGCCAUGAGAUACCCUCCUUCUUCCUCUCUCGCGCAGAGGGAGGAUAGCAUGAACACUAUCAACUCCCUCGAACAGACCCAGAAGCGUAACAUCCCCUCGCCCGUGAGUGAGCCUGCUCCCCGCGAGCCGACCAGGGGCCAACUUCGUCGACAGCGACACGGCCUCGCGCCCCGAGAUCCCGACGAGGUCAGCACUGACUGCAGCUCUGACUCGAGCAUCGGUCGCUUUGACUUCUCGAUUGGCUAUCCCAGGUCUGGCAAGCGGAUUCACCAGUACUGUCGAGUCGCACGAGCCCAGUGGGAAGCAAUGAUGGAGGAGAAGGCCGAGAAGGCUGCCAAGGCCGUAGAGGCCGAGAAGGCCCUGGUGGCUGCAGAGGCCGCGGGAGCUGCGAAGCUGGCUGCAGAGGCCAGCCAGCGGGCCGCCGCUGGCAACCCGACCGGAAAGCCCGAGGAGCGCCAGACUCCGUACGAGGCACUGUACGUCUCGCGAGCGAUCGAGAGGAGGGAGUGGGAGCAUCACCAGAGGAUGCAGGCCGCCGCGCAGGCUGCCGCCAACCGCGAGUCCGCCGCCACCAGCAGCGGCGCCGGCGACAGCAAGCCGUCGUCGUCGCAGACCGGAGAGCGCAAGGUCUCGAGCGCCUGGAACUCCAUCAAGGGCAAGGCGAAGGACCUGCUGAGCCGCAAGUCACUGGCGAACCUACGAAAGGGAUCGUCCUCGACCCGCCCCAAGGAGAAUGCCUCGAAGGACCAGGCUUGA